AUGUUUCAAUUCUGCCUACUCUCAGGUCCCGCAGCCUCGGAGUCUUCUGCACCGCGGCACAGGAAGUUCAGAGCAUGUUUUGGAGAAGAGGGUACGCCCGAUGAGGGUGUCGCUGCCCCGGAGGGAACUUUGGUGAUCUGGGGCGGUGCGACAAGUGUUGGCAUGGCUGCUGUUCAGUUUGCCCGGGCAGCGCGAGUGUCUUCCAUCAUAGCCAUUGCCUCAUCUAAGCGACACGAAUAUCUGAAGAUACUGGGUGCAACCCAGUCCUUCGACUACAACGAUACAGAUGUAAUCGAAAAGGUCAAAUCAGCCUUGCAAUCAACCAGCGGAACAAUCUGGGCCUUUGACGCGCUUGGAUCUCCCGAAUCCCAAGUCCUACUAAAGAAAGCGAUUCCUCAACACGAUAGAACUGUUCUGGCUUCAGUGCUGUUGGGCGGCGAUCCAGAGUAUAAAGCAAUCAUGGGGGCACGUCGUUUCGAUGUCGAGUUCGAGUUGCCCGGGGGCCAAAAGGUCGUCUGGCCAAAGGACAUGGCUGCUGCUGAUAGACAUUGGAGGGGCUUUCGCUGGGCUGUUGAGAAUUAUGGUGCCCCCGGCGGGUAUGUGCCAGCGCCUGUUCGGGUCUUUGAAGGGUCUGGAGAAGAUGCCAUCAAGGAGGUAUAUAACGUGAAGAACAUGAGCACUUUCGGAAAGUUGGUGCUCAAGCAUCCUUUGAAGUGAAGUUCCUAUCUAG